AUAUGGAAAUAUUUCCUUCGAUUCAGAUUAUGUGCAAAACAAACAGAACAUAAUGACGAGUGUUGAUUUUUCUAUUUUGCAGUGAACUAUUUUGAUAGCCAAUGAAUAGAUUGAACAGAAAUGGAAGACCUGAAAUGAACAUCAUUUCUGAGGAAUAGAAAAAAGAAAGUUUCACUUCAUGUGGCGUGAAUAUUGAGUAAAUGACGAUAUUAAAUAUAUGUGUUCUUGAUAAUGUUAAAAUAUUCCGUCACAAGUGAUGAAGGAUCGUUCUCGCCAAAUCACAUUCGUCACGAUAACACAGAAACUCUAAUGAAGGAUACAAUUGAUGUUAACAUAAAUCCAAGAUCACGUGCAAAAAUGGUGAUGAAAAAACGCGCAAAACACGUUCAGCGAAGAGGAACAGACCUAGCUUUGUUUCCACCAAUCUCCCAAACACCUAGCAGAAAGGAAGUCAUCACGCCGUAUGUAAACCAUAUCGAGGCUGAGUCCCCGUACAUAAGCUCAUUAGGUAUUUCGCGUGUUCAUGAUGUCACGACACCAUACGUUCUACAUACCCAAUAUUCAAAACACGAUGGAACAUCUCCUGUGCAAAAGGAAUAUACGAGAGUGUCCAAUAUUUCUCGUAACAAUGCUGGGACUCCACAAAAUCAACCACAGCAUAAUAUAGUUGAAGUAACUAGAAUUAGAAAAGACCAAUCGUUUUCCCAUGAGAGUAUUAAUAAAGUCGGUGGCUCCUCUCCCUUUAUAGAAAGACGAUCACGGUUAGAACAUAGACGAAAACUAGCUAAAGAGAAUUCGAAUCAACAGGCUGCAAAGAACCAUGUUCAAGAGAAUAACAAAAACGCAAAGUUACAGGUUCAAAGUAAUCAAAUGGGACUUGUGCAAAGGACCGAGAGACAUAAAUCUUUCCAUGAUUACAGCCGAGCAAGAAACGAGGAACAAUUUUCUAUAAGGAAAAAGAUAGAGCAGUUCCGAAAAUGGCACGAGGAGCAAUAUAAGGACAAAUUGAAGAAACUGAAAGAAGAGGUGGAUAAUCAAUAUGAAGUGGAAAACCGUAAAGCUCAAACGUCUAGAGUGGGAAGCCACACCCCACAAGGCAACAUCUCAGUGGAGAAGAAAGAUCGACUAGAAAAGAAAGCAAAAGCAGAACCGCAUCAACAGUCGUCUUCCAGUGGCCACACUCCGCUUUUGAAUGGAGGAAAUUUGCCCAGUUGUUCUGUCGAUGAAAAAGCGAGUUCCGAACGGACUUGGCACACGUGGCGUGACGUCAAUGACUCAUAUGCGUACACAAACGUUAAACAGUACAUUGAAGAGAACGAACUUAUGACGACCGAGAAAGAGGAUUGGAUUAAAAAGUGGGUUAUUGAGGUCGACAACGCGAUGAUGAUGAAAUUAGAGGACGAAGGGCAAUUACAAGUUUGAUCACCUUAGAAUUUUAGAUCAAAGCAAUCUGUGAUAUUUAAUUGUUAAGCUUUUGACCCACUGAUCUCUGAUGGAAGAACCCAUUUUGCCAUCAAUCUUAAACACAGUAUUAUUUUAUUCUAGACAGAGGGAUUUAUUUAAGACAAAGUUUUCAUUGCAAAUUAUAGUGGUGCAAUUUUCAACACCCCGUGCUAAGAAUUUGUGAUAUUUGGUGUUAUUCUUGGCCACAUUCAACACGAGAAUUUGUGGCCCUUCAUGUAACAAUUAAGAAUAAUUUAUUAUUUAGCACGUAAGUAAAAAUCUAAGGGAAUUUUAUUUCAUCGUUACUGUGCUUGGAAACAACGAAAGUUAUGUUUUAAACCGCACUGAGGUAGCACGCACACCUCAAGUUCUCUACUUCAGAUGCAUGUGAAAUUAUUGAAAUUAUUGAGUUUGUUUAUAUAUGACUUAAUUGUUAAAUAAAUAAA